AUGAAGAGUCGUGUGACUUUGGAAGUUAAUGAUUUCUUUUCGUCCGGUACAUUCCCAUCUGAUUGGAAUUUCACUCAUCUCUGUUUAUUGCCGAAAAUUGAUGAUCCGAUCUUCAUGUCUGACCUGAGACCUAUCAGUCUAUGCUCAUUUCUAUACAAGAUCAUCUCAAAGAUUAUGGUUUCUAGGCUGAAGCCAUUGAUGGCAGAUAUCGUGUCUCCAACGCAGUCUGCUUUCGUGGAAGAAAGACUUAUAACUGAUAAUAUCCUCAUUGCACAUGAGGUAAUUCAUGCGUUGAAAACCAAUGAGCAGAUGUCGUCGGGGUUUAUGGCAAUCAAACCAGACAUGUCGAAGGCUUUCGACCGUGUUGAAUGGGGUUACCUGCGUGCUCUGCUUCGAGCAUUAGGGUUUGAAGAGAACUGGAUUGAGAAGAUAAUGUUUUGUGUGUCAACGGUCAGAUAUGCUACCUUGAUUAAUGAAAUUCCUUAUGGCCCCAUUCUUCCAGAAAGAGGGUUACGGCAGGGAGAUCCAAUGUCGCCGUUUCUUUUUGUGCUUUGCACUGAGGGUCUGAUUCAUUUGAUGCACAAGGCAGUAGAGAAUGGGAGCAUACAUGGAAUUCAAUUCUCAGAGGAAGGUCCGAUGAUUCAUCAUAUGUUGUUUGCGGACGACUGUUUACUCAUCUGCAAAGCGUCGUCGGAGCAGGCAAAUAAGCUGAUAGAGAUUCUGCAAAUCUAUGAAAGUGCUACUGGGCAGUUAAUCAAUGUUGCAAAAUCUGCCAUCACUUUUGGAGUCAAGGUCAAAGACAAUAUCAAAGCUGAGAUCAAGCAAAUCACAGGUAUUGAAAAAGAGGGUGGUACGGGUUCCUAUCUAGGGUUGCCAGAGUGCUUCAGUGGGUCAAAGACGGAGAUAUUGGCUUACAUCUAUGACAGACUUAGGGAUAGACUUUCUGGUUGGUUCGCUAAACUCCUAUCACUGGGUGAAAGGAAAUCCUUAUCAAAGCAGUGGCAAUGGCAAUGCCUGUAUUUCAAAAGUACAGACUUUCUCUCGGCUAAGAAUGGUCCAAGACCUUCUUAUGCUUGGCGUAGCAUUCAGUUUGGGAAAGAUUUGCUGAGACAGGGUCUAAGAAAGCAUAUAGGAAAUGGUGAGACGGUCAGUGAUCUGAUAGACCUUCAGAACAACUGCUGGAAUAUGGAAAAGCUUCAAGAGUUGUUUUAUCAGGAAGAUAUCGAUAGGAUUAUGUCUAUGAAAACAGCUUUUGGGGAAGAAGACUAUUGGGUAUGGGUGCAUAAUAAAAAUGGCAGCUAUUCGGUGAAAUCGGGCUAUUGGUUUAUCAACAAUCUGUGCAGAAGAGAAGAGAUCAGAGAAGCGGAAUCUCGUCCUUCACUGAAUGAUCUGAAAGCUGAUAUUUGGAAACUACAAACAGCCCCUAAAAUUAAAUCUUUCUUUUGGAGAGCUGUUAGUAAUGCAAUUCCAGUGGGGGAAAUUCUUGUGAAAAGGGGAAUCAAAAUGGACCCUUGUUGUCAGGAUUGUGGUGCUCAAAGAGAGUCCAUUAAUCACAUUUUAUUCCAAUGCUCCAUUGCAAGACAAGUAUGGGCUCUAGCCAAUGUCCCGCACCCUCAAAAUGGCUUCGAUGAGGUAUCUCAUUUCUCUAACUUUCACACUCUGUUAGUGAUGAUGAAGAAUAAAAAUAUUUCGGAGGAAGUGAGAAAUGCAAUCCCUUGGAUAGUAUGGUACUUAUGGAAAUACAGAAAUGGUAUCAUCUUUGAAGCAAAGAAAGUAUCAGCUUCUGAUCUUGUGGUUAAAGUGUUGGAAGAAGCAGAAUUUUGGUUGUUGGCUCAAAAGAAUGAACAGCAGAGGGAGAAAGAAGAACAUGAGGCAGGGAUGGUUGUUAUAAAGUCCUGGUCAGUUCCUCCGCGUGGAUGGUUGAAAGGAAACAUUGGAGUUGAGUGGAACAGAGUGCAAGCUAGGAGUGGAGCAGCUUGGGUGAUUAGAGAUGACAAAGGAAAGGUUCUUCUGCACAGUAGACGUGCUUUUUCCAAUAUUUGCUCUUUGGAUGAAGCUAAAUAUCAAGCGCUUUUAUGGUCGGUGGAAUCCUUUCAUUUCCACCAUCUUAACAAAAUCAUAAUAGCCUUAGAUGAUUCGACCUUCCCGAGCGUUGUCUUAAGACCAAAGGCUUGGCCAAGCUUCAGAUGCCAAUAUAUUGAGAUUAUGAAGAGGUUAGAAAAAUUUGAGUGGUGGAGGUUGCAAAAAGAAGAAAGAUCUUCCAAUAGAGGAGCCUUCUUCAUUGCUCAAAGUGUGAUCAAAGGUGGCUAUGCUCAGUCUUAUGUAGCUGCUGGUGCUCCUUUUUGGCUUCUCCAUCUCUUUCAGUAUGAGGAAUGCCUUUCCUCUAUGGGUUUGGCCUCGUAG